AUGGGAAAUAAUUGCUGUUCAUCUCGUGGUAAUAAUAUCAAGACUUCACAAAUAGGAAUAUCUGAGCCUGAGAUAACUCUUGUCCUGAGAUUAAGUCGAAUUGAUCCACCUAUCACUCACCCUUGCGUUGAGAGAUAUGAUUGAAGAGAAAUCAGCCAGUUUUUAAAAGCAAAUAAUUAUAAUGUUGAUGCUGCAUUCGAAUCAAUAUUAGAUGACAUUGUAAAUUCUAGCUAGAACUGAAGGAUUGAUAAUCUCCCUAUAACGAAAGAGCAGCAUUCAGAUAUAUUGAUAACGAGAGAAAUUUUUGUUUUUAGGCAUGAUGUUAAAAACCACCCAGUUAUAGUAAUAAGACCUUUUUAUAGCGACACACAGCCGAUGAGCUUGAAUUUCUGCCUUUAUCUGACUUAUUUUUUUGAAAAUAUUCAGCCAAGUCUGUAAUUUAUAAAUAGAAAAGGCUUUAAACGAAAAAUAACGCUUUUGAUAGAUUUCAAUAACAAUUUAUUGAAUGAAAAUGCAAUCAGUGUUAUAUGGGGAUUCAUGAAAGAGCAUUAUCCCAAUAGAAUUUUCCAAAUAUUAGUAAUUCAAGCUUCAAUAGUUAGAUUGCCUGAAGAAAGCAGAGCCAUUUUACGAAAAAUCCCCACGCUUAGUAUUUUUGAUAGCAAUUUCAAAGCGAAUAUUAUUAAAUUCAUAGACCCAGAGAACUUAAUGGAAGAAUAUGGAGGACUAAGACAAUAUUAUUUUAAAGGCAAUGAUGAUGGCGUUUUACCUCAGAAAAACAUCUCUAACCAAAUUUAA